AUGGCGCUCUUCGGGGAUUCCGAAUCCAAGAAGGAGAAGAAAGCCGCGAAGAAAGCCGAGAAGGAGGCCAAGCAAGCCAGGAAGGAGACGGACUCCUUUAGAGGUAGCUUCUACGUCCCGGAUUCAGCUUCAAAUUGGCAGAAGCUGGCUACUUCGUCUGGUCUAUUGCAGAAGUCUCUUUACGAUCUUGUCAAUCUUGGGUCAGGCUCGCGUGUCAAGAAGAAGCAGUUCGUUCUCUUCAAGGCCUUCUGGCCACCAUCGGAGCCUGUCUGGAAACUGAGUGAUGAUGCAGCUGAGUAUGAGCUAGAUCCAGUCUGGAAAGAAGCGAUUGACCUGGUCAACGGCUCCUCAGAGAUAGGAAAGUAUCUCCAACUAGUUGGCCAGCCCUAUCAGCUAGCCGCUCUGAACGAGAACGACGACUUGUGGCCAGGUUCUUGGGCGCCUGUGCUUAAAUGGCAAAACCGCUGUAUCGCGCUGGCCAACAAGAAGAAACCGGCUCAGGACACGCCUUCCACAGGGACCAGAUCGCGGAAGAAACAGAAAACGAGUCACCAAGCAGAAAAGCGCCCCAGCGACGAAGCAAUCACGAAUACGACUCUCCUCCUAUUCUUGGACGCCCUCUCGAGUUUGAUUCCGAACCCAUCCUUCGAAUUCAAAAUCUUUCGCGCGGCAUUCGAAGCCACCUUCAGAACCGUCUCAUACAGGGCCCUUACAGAUGGUGCUUUGUGGCUUGUCGAUCAACCGGAAGACAUCAGGGUUAUCUUGGAAGUGAAAAAGAUGAGUCGGCAUGAUAAUGCGGAUAGAAUUCGGAUGCAGGAGACAGCUGAGAUUGUCGCAUGGUUGAAGAGCUCCAAGCCAUGGCAAGACUGUUUCGGUGGCCACAAGAUUCUUAUUGCCGAGGAUGCCGCCCAAGUGUGGGUUAUCUGCGCCAAACCAAGCUCCGCAUAUGCGGCUUACCUGGCCCAGGGCACGGACGACCAGAACCCUUUCAUAGAGAUGAAGUCAUACGGCCCGUUCCUUUUGAAUAAUAGCAAUGAAAUGAGAGACCUGUGCAUUGUUGUGGUGGCUAUUAUGCUGCGCUUUUUCUACUCAUUGCAGGUGCACUGA